CAAACAACUACAACAAAAUUUUUGAAGGCUUCCUCACAAAAAAAAACGCAAAAGAAUUCAGUAAAAUCUGGGAAGAGGGGAUCGAAGACUUGCGCCGAGCACAAAAUUAGAAAAUGGAAGAAGAAAGAAGAAGAUCAGGAGGAAUCUCGCACUGAUGACCACUCCAGCGCUCACCAGAAACAGAGCAAUAGCGAUUGUAACAGUCGUGACCUGCGACUCCAGCGACCACUCCGGAGAUGACUUACGAUAGAGCGGCAGAGAAUUGUGAAUCCUAUGAGGCACGAUGUUCCUCUCCUGGAAGAUGAGAGGCAUGAGUGGGCAAAUAGUGGGAGCUCCAGAUUGUACGGAGUGGGCUGAAGGAGAGGGCUGGGGUGACGUUUGAAGAGCAGGGGUAUAAUUGUCUAGCCGUUCAAAUUUAGUCAUAUUUAGGGUUUAAAAAGUCUGAAGUCCUAUUUACCUUCCCAGCCUUUGUUUUAGUCUUAUUAAUGUCUUUUUCCCUUGUCUUUGGAGGAGACUUUAGACAAACUUCACCCGUUAUUCCUGGAGGAAGCUGUUCAGACAUCGUUAAUGCUAAAAUAAAUUCUUCAUAUCUAUGGGAAGAUUGUCAGGUAUUGUCUCUUACUAAAAAUAUGCGACUCCAAAAUAGUUUGGAUAUGACAAGUGCUACUGAGCUCAAAGAAUUUUCAAAAUGGAUAUUGGAUGUGGGGGAUGGAAAAUAUCAGAGCCAAAUGAUGGUUAUGCAGAAAUAAAAAUUCCAGAUGAAUUCUUGAUUAAAGAAUUUGAUGAUCCAAUAGAUGCAAUAAUCCGAAGCAUAUAUCCUAACUUGCUGGAGCAAUACAAAAAUGAGGAAUUCCUCAAGUGUAGAGCUAUCUUAGCAUCGACUAUUGAAAUUGUCGAUAAAAUUAACGACUAUGUUCUUUCCUUGCUCCCAGGUGAAGACAAAGAAUAUUUAAGUUGCGAUUAUGUAGACAAAUCAGAUGUAGUCGAAGCAGAAGCAUUUGAAGCGUUGACACCAGAGUUUCUAAAUUCCUUGAGGACAUCAGGUCUCCCAAAUCAUAGGAUACGACUUAAGGUUGGGACUCCAGUAAUGUUGUUAAGAAAUAUAGACCAGUCAGAAGGACUAUGUAAUGGAACUAGAUUGAUUGUCACCAGACUGGGAAAUCAUGUCAUUGGAGCAAGAAUCAUGUCUGAAAGCUAUGGUGGAGAUGAGAUUUACAUACCUCGAAUGUGUAUGUCUCCUUCUCAAUCACCAAGGCCUUUUAAACUUAUCAGAAGACAAUUUCCUAUAAUGAUCUCAUAUGCAAUGACAAUCAAUAAAUCUCAAGGACAGUCACCGCAAAGAGUUGGAUUAUACCUGCCUAGACCUGUUUUUAGUCAUGGACAAUUGUAUGUGGCAUUAUCCAGAGUUCAGAGCAAGCAUGGAUUGAAAAUUUUAAUACAUGAUAAGGAUGGAAAAUCA